AUGGAGGAGCGAGGUCCAGAUAUAGAAAAGUACGGAUCCCAACCAUGCACUCCCCUAUCAUUCGACCCAAUGCUGCCAUCAACAUCACGAGUGGCGACUCCAGUGAGACCAUCUUCCACAUUGUCUGCUCGACAAGCUCCCGCGUCUCCCUUCCGAGCACAACCACAAAACAUGGAGCCAUCGAUAUCACGGGUUCAUGAGCUUCGAGAAGGCGCUGCUGUAAAAAGAUCGUACACGAAUGAUUGGAUGCAAGGCAACUACAUUCCCCCGAAUCCACAGCAACAACAAUAUCAACGACCGCCCAGUAUGAUUGGUUCAACAAUUUCAAAUAUGUCAAAUUUGUCGCAUAUGACCAAGUUCUCUGCACUGUCUGUUAACACGCAAUGCGGACAGUUUGACAAUUGGAUUUAUCAAUCGCAACCAGCGCUUUCGAAAGUGUCGCAUUCAUCAGUUGAGAAUCAAGAUCCGAUGAAGAGAAGAGAACGGAUGAGUAUUCCGGAAAUCGUACAAAGCCUGGCAUCGUAUGAAAUGAGUGAUCAAGUUGCUGCUAUUCGAGAACUGGAGCCACUUGCAAAGGCGGAAGCACUUGAGUCGACUUAUUGCCAAGCUGAUUUGGGAAAAAUCAUCAAUGCUCUUUUCGAAGUAUUGGUGCCGAGACCGCAAGAAAACGAGAACGUGAUCCGUAAAGUAUUCGAAAUACUCCAUCGUGCUGCAGUACCAAAACAUGUGAGGAUGACGGAGAAGAUUUUCCACUCGCUCAAUUUAGAGCUGAUGAACACAAAUUCAUCGAAGCACAGUUUUCAAGUGCCAAGACCGUACAGCAUCUACGAAUUGGUGAUUGAGAGAGCCUCACGUUUGGACACGGCUUACGAUCAGGCCGCGAUGCUUCUCCUGGCUCAAAUAUGCUGUAAACCCUUUUUCAUGAAGUACGUGUUCUCUGAAAAGGAACAAUCCGCUGGCCACAGACGUCUUCAUGAAGUGGUAAUGCAAUUCGCCAUCAAGAACUUGCAACAACAAGAAACAAAGCGAAAGAGCAAAGGAUUUUGCGUAUCCAUCAUCAAGAACCUAUCUAGGAGAAACCGUUCGAUAUGGAGCAUUGUUUAUGAACUGCAUGUCAUCCCAAUCUUUCAUGAUAUCAUAAAGGAUGAGUACAGCGAUGAAGAUCUCCUCUGGCCAACUAUGCAAGCGUUAACCACGUUCUGCUCGAUCGAAAGAGUUGGAGAGGACUUUGUGAAGUUGGGAGGUGCCCAAGAUUUGUGUAAUCUUUUGUACCAUGGAUCCACUCGGCUACUUCAUGAACUGUUGGCUUGUAUGCAAAGAUUGUCCUUGCUUCAAGAAAUUGGAAAUCAAGAUAUGGAAGAGUCAAUUCGAAGGGUGAUACAGGUGGUUGGCUCUGAUGAUGCGACUAUUGCUGAGCGAGCGACAGGAGUGCUUCGGAAUAUUGGACAACCCAAUAAGCAGAACAAAGUCAUCAUGGUGCGGAAUGGGGUGACCGCCCACGCGAUAGCCGUUUUGCGCACUUCGAUGCGUUUCCAGUCUCAGCUAAGAGAGCAGCAAAAUGCGAGAACUCCAAAAAAUCAGAUCGACGCUGCAAAAAAUCAGAUCUUGUCCAUCUAUGAAAAUUGCCUAUCGAUUCUCAACAACGUCACAAAAAUGGGCAAAGAUGAUAUCCUGGACUCUGCUAUUCAGGCAUGCCGAAUGAUAAGUGCAAAUCCGGAUGCUGCAAUUGUCUUGCUCCAUUUCUUAAACGCCGGAGCCCCAAAAUGCAGAAAGCUCGCUGUGAACGUUAUGAAGCGGGUCAUAGAGAACGUUCCAGCAUUUGCCGAGCCGUUUGUUGAUCUCCCCGGAACGACCCAGGAAACGCUGCCUAUUCUUUUGUUAAAGAGGGCAUAUGAGAGUUUGGAUGAAUGGAAGAAAGCAGUUGUGGAAGUUAUGCGAUCCGAACCCAACACUCAGCAAUUCCGAGAUGCCAUUGAGAAGAGGCAAGAUCACGAGGAUAUUGUGUGGAAGUCGGUCAGCCUCCUAUCGAACCUCUGUCGAAAUGGAAAUCCACGAUUCUUCGAGAGAGUUAAAGUGGAGAUGCUCUAUACCCGUCCGACGAACCCGUUCACUUCGCUAUUUCCGGAAAUGAGCGACGUCAUUCUCUACGAAUGGCUUGACUUCAUUUUAGCUAUCUGCGGCACCGAGUGGUCUCUACAGAACUGCUUAAUGUACCAUUUCCUGAAGCAAGCGAACAUCACACAUGAAUAUUUGCUUCACUAUCGUCGGCCGAAUCCUCAGAUCUGCGACAAGAUCAAGAAUAUUAUCGAUACCGGCAUGAGACAGCAACAACAGCACAAUCAACUAGAGCAAAUGGCAAUGAUGCAUGCGCAGCAGCAGCACCAACAGCUACCAAUGUGA